UCACCGCGGAGGGGGUGAGUGGUGAGGCCCAAUCGGCGUGAGGCGCCGCACCGGCCGGCCAAUCGGGGGCGCGCGCGCGGGGGCCGCCCACCAACCCGCGGCGCCGCCGGAGCCGCCGCCGCUGCCGCCGCCGCGCGCCAGGGAGCCGGGAGGGCGCGCGCCGGCGGGGAUGUCCUACAAGCCCAUCGCGCCCGCCCCCGCCACCCCCGGAGCCGCCGGCACCAGCACGAGCAGCAGCGCCAGCCCCGCACCGCCCGGGCCGGGGGCCCCGCCCGCCGCCACGAGUGUCCCGUCACCGUCCGGAUCCGUGCCUGGAGCCGCUGCCCCCUUCCGGCCCCUCUUCAAUGACUUCGGCCCACCGUCCAUGGGCUACGUGCAGGCUAUGAAGCCGCCUGGGUCACAGGGCUCCCAGAGCACAUACACAGAUCUACUGUCUGUCAUCGAGGAGAUGGGCAAAGAGAUCCGGCCCACCUAUGCAGGCAGCAAGAGCGCCAUGGAACGGCUGAAGCGGGGCAUUAUCCAUGCUCGGGCGCUGGUGAGAGAGUGCCUGGCAGAGACAGAGCGCAACGCACGCACGUAACAGCCAAUCUUUAUGGACCUUUCUGUCUGCGAGCGUCCGAGACCUGGAGGUCGUCCAUCCCCUGUGAACCUUGCCACCAAUCAGUGUCUUGAGAGCCUGGUUCUUUCUUCGUCCUAUACAGACCUUUUUACCUGACAGCCACCUGAUCCUUGGCAGCUGCCCCGCUGCUAGGCAGCGCUGGGAAGCCGGCCUUUUGCUGCGCGCUGCAAGCACCUCCAGGGCUUUUCUUCUCUCUUUAUAAAUGCUUGUUUUUAUAAAUAAAGGAAAUUGUUGGGAUUCUGA